CACAGUCAAACGGGGGUAGCAGGGACUCUGUCGCAACCAGAGGACGAUCCCCGUAAAAUUGACACUGUUUGGCUCCGCCGUAAAAACGGUGAAGAAGGAAGCGUCAUCUUCUCUUGUGGAGGUCUCUUCAAGGAUGCAUUUAAACAGCUGACGUGCAGGGUGAAUCCCGAUACACGAUCGCGACAGUCAGUUGGGCCCGAUUCGUCAAGACCAGUUCUUUGGGUUGUCCACGGAAAAUCGUUUAAAAUUCCGUAUUUUCUCAUACAAGGUCUACACGCUCGUUUCGACGGACGCUUUUUUUCAACCCCUUUUCAGUUGAGAACUUUCGAUCGCUUGUUCUUGAACGGAGUCGGGGGGGCGAUUUGAGUGCCACUUCUUGUACUGGUGGCAGAAGAGUCAAGUCACUCUACUGUAUCGGAGAAAGCCGUAUGUUCCCCGUCCAUCUCUAUUGGAGGCUGUCCGCUCUCCCUAGAGUGCUGUGACAUCCAUGAAAAGAGACUACUCUUCUUUCUCUGACUCAACUACUUAGCCGCUGCCAACAUGAGGCUACUUUCUUUGGGAACCAAGAUUGGCCUCGUAUGCCACUUUGUGGUAACUGCUACCCACGGAGGGGUGGAGGAGCAGCCGAAACGGGUGAGUGCAGAUGCACAGAAGAAACAGUCAGCAAUGGUCACCGGAAACGAGGAGUUUGGGGUUCACCUGGACGAAGCAGUGAUGCAACAUCCGCUGCGAGAGCUCCCAGGAGCUGAAGAAGCUCUGCUGCUUCAAGUCGAUGAACUUGCGAGGACGGGAGAAGGGAGGGCAGCGUUGGCGGAUGAGAAGCUUGCAAGAGCGAUCGCCUCAAAGGCGAUGGCUAUAGGUUUUCUGGAAACCGUUUCUGCGGGCCUUCGUUUGGAACUCCCGAAACUGCCGCCAGUUUGUGCGGACACCGUCACACGCAUCGCCGAUAUUGUCUCUUACCUUCAAACGCGCGAGCAGCUCUUCCGAGUUAAGCGGUGGUCGGAAAAAGCGUUUCAUGGCUUAAGGGUUUUUGGCAAGGCUGUUGGAAGCAUAACCCCAGUCGCGGCAGCGGCAAAAGCGCUGGGGCUGACGGCAGACAAACUUCACCCUUCUGCCGAUCGGGCAACGCUGGAGCGCCUCUUUGUCGCGCUGGAGAGAGAAGUCUCAGUGCCGUUGGUCCGAUUCGGUGCCAUUAUCGAGAUGGAAAUGCAAAAUGGUCCCUCCGAAACUGUGAAGCACUACAGCGAAGUCUUGGAAAAGCUGAAACGCGUCAGCCUUGCCCUCGACGCGUGCAUGGCUUUCACCCUUCUACAAAUCUACCGCACUGGCAAAAGCAGGAGGAUCCCCGAGAUGGUCUUACGUAAAGACGAAACCGCUGCCUUUCAGACUGUGUCGCACCCGGAAGCAGAAAACACAGAAAAGGAAAAACGCAGGGGGGAGGAAAUCGCUAAGAACCCGAAGGUAGCUGGAGCAGCCGCAAAGGCUGUCGGAGCUGGAGGCGAGUAUAAAUCCUCUGCAUCAGAUGAUGACACUAAGCAGUAG